AUGGAGCAGGGGAGCCGGAGGGCAGCAGAGGAGAUUACAGAGAGCAGGGGAGCCAGAAGCAGCAGGGGAUAUCAUGGAGCAGGGGAGCCGGAGGGCAGCAGUGGAGAUCACACGGAGCAGGGGAGCCAGAAGCGGCAGGGAGAUCAAACGGGAGCAGGGGACCCGGAGGGCAGCAGUGGAGAUCACACGGAGCAGGGGAGCCAGAAGCAGCAGUGGAGAUCACGGAGCAGGGGAGCCGCAGGCAGCACUAGAGAUCAUGGAGCCGGGGAGCCGGAGGCAGCAGGGGAGAUCAGGGAGUGGGGGAGCAGGAGGCAGCAGGGGAGAUCACGGAGGAGCGGGGGAGCCGGAGGCAGCAGGGGAUAUCAUGGAGCAGGGGAGCCGGAGGGCAGUAGAAGAGAUCACAGAGAGCAGGGGAGCUGGAGGGCAGCAGGGGAGAUCACCCAGAGCAGGGGAGCUGGAGGGCAGCAGGGGAGAUCACACAGAGCAGGGGAGCCAGAGGCAGCAGGGGAUAUCAUGGAGCAGGAAAGCCGAAGGGCAGCAGAGAUGAUUACAGAGAGCAGGGGAGCCGGAGGGCAGCAGUGGAGAUCACACGGAGCAGGGGAGCCAGAAGCAGCAGGGGAGAUCACGGAGCGGGGGAGCCGGAGGCAGCAGGGGAGAUCACGGAGUGGGGGAGCAGGAGGCAGCAGUGGAGAUCACAGAGCAGGGGAGAUCACGGAGGAGCGGGGGAGCCAGAGGCAGCAGGGGAUAUCAUGGAGCAGGGGAGCCAGAGGGCAGCAGAGGAGAUUACAGAGAGCAGGGGAGCCGGAGGGCAGCAGUGGAGAUCACACGGAGCAGGGGAGCCAGAAGCAGCAGGGGAGAUCACGGAGCGGGGGAGCCGGAGGCAGCAGGGGAGAUCACGGAGUGGGGGAGCAGGAGGCAGCAGUGGAGAUCACAGAGCAGGGGAGAUCACGGAGGAGCGGGGGAGCCAGAGGCAGCAGGGGAUAUCAUGGAGCAGGGGAGCCAGAGGGCAGCAGAGGAGAUUACAGAGAGCAGGGGAGCCAGAAGCAGCAGGGGAUAUCAUGGAGCAGGGGAGCCGGAGGGCAGCAGUGGAGAUCACACGGAGCAGGGGAGCCAGAAGCGGCAGGGGAGAUCAAACGGGAGCAGGGGACCCGGAGGGUAGCAGUGGAGAUCACACGGAGCAGGGGAGCCAGAAGCAGCAGUGGAGAUCACGGAGCAGGGGAGCCGCAGGCAGCAGUAGAGAUCAUGGAGCCGGGGAGCCGGAGGCAGCAGGGGAGAUCAGGGAGUGGGGGAGCAGGAGGCAGCAGGGGAGAUCACGGAGGAGCGGGGGAGCCGGAGGCAGCAGGGGAUAUCAUGGAGCAGGGGAGCCGGAGGGCAGUAGAAGAGAUCACAGAGAGCAGGGGAGCUGGAGGGCAGCAGGGGAGAUCACCCAGAGCAGGGGAGCUGGAGGGCAGCAGGGGAGAUCACACAGAGCAGGGGAGCCAGAGGCAGCAGGGGAUAUCAUGGAGCAGGAAAGCCGAAGGGCAGCAGAGGAGAUUACAGAGAGCAGGGGAGCCGGAGGGCAGCAGUGGAGAUCACACGGAGCAGGGGAGCCAGAAGCAGCAGGGGAGAUCACGGAGCGGGGGAGCCGGAGGCAGCAGGGGAGAUCACGGAGUGGGGGAGCAGGAGGCAGCAGUGGAGAUCACAGAGCAGGGGAGAUCACGGAGGAGCGGGGGAGCCAGAGGCAGCAGGGGAUAUCAUGGAGCAGGGGAGCCAGAGGGCAGCAGAGGAGAUUACAGAGAGCAGGGGAGCCGGAGGGCAGCAGUGGAGAUCACACGGAGCAGGGGAGCCAGAAGCAGCAGGGGAGAUCACGGAGCGGGGGAGCCGGAGGCAGCAGGGGAGAUCACGGAGUGGGGGAGCAGGAGGCAGCAGUGGAGAUCACAGAGCAGGGGAGCCGCAGGCAGCAGGGGAGAUCACGGAGGAGCGGGGGAGCCAGAGGCAGCAGGGGAUAUCAUGGAGCAGGGGAGCCAGAGGGCAGCAGAGGAGAUUACAGAGAGCAGGGGAGCCAGAAGCAGCAGGGGAUAUCAUGGAGCAGGGGAGCCGGAGGGCAGCAGUGGAGAUCACACGGAGCAGGGGAGCCAGAAGCAGCAGGGGAGAUCAAACGGAGCAGGGGACCCGGAGGGCAGCAGUGGAGAUCACACGGAGCAGGGGAGCCAGAAGCAGCAGUGGAGAUCACGGAGCAGGGGAGCCGCAGGCAGCAGUAGAGAUCAUGGAGCCGGGGAGCCGGAGGCAGCAGGGGAGAUCAGGGAGUGGGGGAGCAGGAGGCAGCAGGGGAGAUCACGGAGGAGCGGGGGAGCCGGAGGCAGCAGGGGAUAUCAUGGAGCAGGGGAGCCGGAGGGCAGUAGAAGAGAUCACAGAGAGCAGGGGAGCUGGAGGGCAGCAGGGGAGAUCACACAGAGCAGGGGAGCCAGAAGCAGCAGUGGAGAUCAUGGAGCAGGGGAGCCAGAGGCAGCAGUAGAGAUCACAAAACAGGGGAGCAGAAGGAUAUGGAAUGAUCAGCAGGGGUCGGAGGACACAGAACGUGGGAACAGGAGGAUACGGAGUUGGGGAGCAGGGAGGGCACAGAACAGGGGACAAUGUAGGAAGUGCCCCCAACAGGGCUGGGGAACGGCGGGAAUUGACUCCAUUGUCAUUGGAGUUCCACCCCUGGAACCCAGAGCAUUAAUCAGAGCAACAUCGGCAGCUUAA